GGGCAAUUUGAUGGGGACUCCAAGCAGCCUGGCGUUUUGGGGGCGAUCUCGGAGGGAUUUCGGAGGGGACUGAAGGAGGGGAGGGGGGGUUGCAGUGCAAUCAUGCAGAGGGCCAGCGUGAUGGGGAUGCCCAGCCCGGAACCCAGUGGAUCUUAUUCCCAGCAGUUCAAAGCCAUCAGGUUCUCCUAUCACAUUGAAGGAGCAGCAGCUACUUCACCUCAAAUCCGAGCCGGUCCUGCUCAACCCUCGCGGCUCCUGGUCAAAAGCCUUUCCUUGGAGCCCAGUCCAGAACAUCGCUCCCCAGAAGCCCCCCAGAGGCUCAUCUCGGAUCCAGGACCUGAUAGCAACGAAGGGGAAGCAGCCAAGCUACGCCCACACAAACGACCCCCAGGACCAAAGCCACAAGUUCCUCCCAAGCCAGCCCAUCUGCAGAGUAUCCAGUCACCACGACUUCCUGAAUCCAUCCCUCCGCCCCCAUCACGACCCCUCCCAGCUGAUCCCCGCCUGAGCCGCAGCCCUCUGCUGAAAGAUGGAUCGGGGCCAUUAUCUGCCGUCUCCUGCCUCAUUGAGAAGUUUGAGAGGGAACCUGUAAUCCUGACAGUCGAGCAACCCCCCUCGCCGUGCCCCAGCCCAGAUCUCCCCACCCCAGAGAUCGGAUCUAUGGAGCCCUUGCUCGAUCGCCCAGCUUCCUUGGAAUCGGCCGAGCUGGCUCACAAACUCCUGGACCUCCUCGCACUGGAAGGGGGGCAAGAGGCUGUGGGGAACGCGGCCUCCUUGCCAUCUCAUGAUGGUGGGAAGCUGGCUAAUCGAGACAGUGGCAUCGACAGCAUCAGCUCACCAUCCAACAGCGAGGAGAUCUGCUUUGGGGGUGACGAGGGCUCAGGAGAAGGAGUGGGGGUCUCAGCACCGCCCGCUGCCAUCAAGCGCCGCUCGACCCGUGAUUCUGAGGGGGACAGUGACAUGGACGAUGGCAGCGGGGAUGAGGCUGAGCUGCUGCCAGAGCUCCCGCCCCCACAGCCAGAGAGGCAGGACUCGGAUGAGAUGACAGUUCCACAGAAGGUUUUCCGAAUCGCCAAUGAGCUUUUCCAGACAGAAAAGGCCUAUGUGUCUCGCCUAUAUCUGCUGGACCAGGUCUUCUGCGCCCGUUUGCUGGAGGAAGCACGCAGCCGAAAUUCUUUCCCAGCUGACGUGGUGAUGGGCAUUUUUGCCAACAUCUGCUCCAUCUACUGCUUCCACCAGCAGUUCCUGCUCCCGGAACUGGAGAAACGUAUGGAAGAAUGGGACCAACACCCCCGCAUCGGGGAUAUCCUGCAGAAACUGGCCCCCUUCCUCAAGAUGUAUGGCGAGUAUGUCAAGAACUUUGACCGCGCCAUGGAGCUUGUCAACACCUGGAUGGAACGCUCAGCACAGUUCAAGGGCAUUAUCCAUGAAGUACAGCGGGAAGAGAUAUGUGGGAACCUGACCCUGCAGCACCACAUGCUGGAACCCGUCCAGAGAAUUCCUCGCUACGAGCUGCUGCUGAAGGACUAUCUCCUCAAGCUGCCACAGGACUCGCCCGAUUGCAAGGAUGCCCAGAAAUCCCUGGAACUUAUUGCCACUGCGGCGGAACACUCCAAUGCAGCUAUCUGCAAAAUGGAGAGGAUGCACUCGUUGCUGAAGGUGUAUGAGCUGCUUGGAGGUGAGGAAGACAUAGUAAAUCCCACCAACGAGCUCAUCAAGGAAGGGCACAUCCUGAAGCUUUCUGCCAAGAAUGGUACCACGCAAGACCGGUACCUGAUCCUGUUCAAUGACUGGUUGCUGUACUGUGUGCCAAAGCUGCGCCUGAUUGGCCAGAAGUUCGGAGUCCGUGCUCGCAUAGACGUAGAAGGGAUGGAGCUGAAAGAGACCAGCAGCCUCAAUGUGCCCCGGACCUUCCUUGUAUCAGGGAAGCAGCGAUCCCUAGAGCUUCAGGCCAGGACUGAAGAGGAGAAGCGAGACUGGAUCCAGGCAAUACAGGCAACCAUCCAGAAGCACGAGCAGACUCUGGAGAUGUUCAAGCAGCUGGUUAGCGAAGAUGAAACGCCGCCCAAUUCGCCUGGGUGCGAAUUGGGCCGACGGGCGCCCACACCAAUCCGGGAAAAAGAGGUGACCCUGUGUAUGCAGUGCAAGGAGCCCUUCAACGCCCUCACCAAGCGGAGGCAUCAUUGCCGGGCCUGUGGCCAUGUUGUCUGUGGGAAAUGUUCCGAGUUCCGGGCCCGCCUGGUGUAUGACAACAACCGGCCCAACCGUGUCUGCACUGACUGCUAUACAAUGCUACAGGGCUCCCCUGCCAGCCCCGUCCCACACCCUAAUACACCUCAGCGCCGGAGAUCCAUUCUGGAGAAACAGGCUUCUGUGGUGGCAGAGAACAGUGUGAUCUGCAGCUUCUUGCACUACAUGGAAAAAGGAGGAAAGGCCUGGCACAAAGGCUGGUUUGUCAUCCCCGAAAAUGAACCCCUGGUGCUUUACAUCUACGGAGCUCCCCAGGAUGUGAAGGCCCAGCGCUCAAUGCCUCUGAUCGGCUUUGAGGUGAACCUUCCCGAACCAGGCGAGCGGGUGGAUCGACGCCACGCCUUCCGGAUCAGCCAGAGUCACCUGUGCUGGUAUUUCAGCCCUGAGACGGAGGAGCUGCGGCAGCGAUGGAUGGAGGUGCUAAGCCGGGCAGGCCGAGGAGAAGAAGCCAAAGGGACACCUUCCAUCCUGGAGGCAGAUGAGGAUACGGAGGCAGAGAGAACCUAAGACACGGAGGCUGAGGAAUUAGGAAUAACUGACUCUGCCCACCUUGGGAACUUGCUCACCAUUUUCUGACCAGUAUACUUGAAACAUUUUCUCUCUCUCUCUCUCUCUCUCUGGCACUUUCUCCCCUUCCUUUCUUCGUCAGCAUUAAUGAUUUGCCAUAGGCGACCUCCUGUCUCCCUGCUACAAAGACCUGUCCUCAGCCAGAACAAUCCCUGCCAUCCCUGGCUGCAGAGGUGAUGCACACGCACUGAGAUUUUGCUCCAGGCCAGUUCCUAUUCCCAGCUGUAGCAUGUGAG